AUGGCAAUGGUAGUUAGCGUGUGGCGAGAUCCGCAGGAAGACGUGGCCGGAGGACCUCCGAGCGGCCCCAACCCAGCAGCGCAGCCGUCGAGGGAGCAGCAGCAGGCGGCGUCGGCGGCGCCGCACACCCCGCAGACCCCGAGCCAGCCGGGACCCCCGUCCACGCCGGGCACGGCCGGGGACAAGGGCAGCCAGAACUCGGGGCAGAGCCAGCAGCACAUCGAGUGCGUGGUGUGCGGGGACAAAUCAAGCGGCAAACACUACGGCCAAUUCACCUGCGAGGGCUGCAAAAGUUUCUUCAAGCGGAGUGUACGCAGGAACUUAACCUACUCGUGUCGCGCCAAUAGGAACUGUCCCAUCGACCAGCACCACCGGAACCAGUGCCAGUACUGCCGCCUCAAGAAGUGCUUAAAAGUGGGCAUGCGGCGGGAAGCGGUUCAGCGAGGACGAAUGCCUCCAACCCAGCCCAACCCAGGCCAGUACGCGCUGACCAACGGGGAUCCCCUCAACGGCCAUUGCUAUCUGUCCGGAUACAUCUCGUUAUUGCUGCGGGCCGAACCCUACCCCACGUCCCGGUACGGGAGCCAGUGCAUGCAGCCCAACAAUAUCAUGGGCAUCGAGAACAUCUGCGAGCUGGCGGCUCGGUUGCUCUUCAGCGCCGUGGAGUGGGCCAGAAACAUCCCUUUCUUUCCCGACCUGCAGAUCACCGACCAGGUGUCCCUUCUCAGGCUGACGUGGAGCGAGUUGUUUGUGCUUAAUGCCGCCCAGUGCUCCAUGCCCCUUCAUGUGGCCCCUCUGCUGGCCGCCGCGGGCCUGCACGCUUCGCCCAUGUCGGCGGACCGUGUCGUGGCUUUCAUGGACCACAUCCGGAUCUUCCAGGAGCAAGUGGAGAAGCUCAAAACCUUACACGUAGACUCAGCAGAGUACAGCUGCCUCAAGGCCAUCGUGCUUUUCACGUCAGACGCUUGCGGCCUGUCGGACGCCGCCCACAUCGAGAGCCUGCAAGAAAAGUCCCAGUGCGCCCUGGAAGAGUACGUGAGGAGCCAGUACCCGAACCAGCCAAGCCGUUUUGGAAAGCUCCUCCUGCGGCUGCCCUCCCUCCGCACCGUGUCUUCGUCGGUAAUCGAGCAGCUCUUCUUCGUCCGCUUGGUAGGUAAAACUCCUAUUGAAACCCUCAUCAGGGAUAUGCUAUUAUCCGGGAGCAGCUUCAACUGGCCUUACAUGUCCAUCCAAUGA